UAAUCAAUGAUCAAUAAUCAUCUACCAGGGUUACUACAGCACACACACUACUGGCCUGGCAAAAUUACAAAAAAACAAACAAAAAAAACAGGUAUGUUUUGUUUCUUUCAAACUUUUCCUUUUUCCAACUAUCUAAUAUCUCCAUCAUCAUAUAUCCAUACUAUACAUUCAUAAUGGUCACAAUGUAUCAUUGCUCAAAAUAGCACACUCAAAGUUUAACAUCUCACAUUUAAAACACUGACUCAUGAACACUCAAAAAUUAUAGCUGAAAAUAAAUAAAUACUGUAUUGAAAAUAAAUUGUAGAAGUAGAUACUAAUUCUAAUAUACGUUUCUUUGCAGAAGAUGGAUGUUGAUAAAAAGGUGACCUUCAUGAUGGAAGACUUUUACUUUCCUGCUGAUUACAAUGAAAACUACAGUGAGAGUUAUGAAGACGGCUGCUGUGGUGAAGGACUUGUGUGUGAUCAGGAGUCUAGCAUGCACUUUGAUUCCAUUUUCAUUCCGAUCCUUUAUUCUCUGGCGCUGGUAGUGGGGCUGGUAGGAAAUGGGCUGGUUCUGGUGGUAAUGUGGAAGAAAAGGGUGAGCUUGAACGUUACAGACAUCUUCAUCCUUCACCUGUGCUUAGCAGACACUCUGCUGCUGCUGACGCUGCCCUUCUGGGCUGUAGAGGCAGUGAAGGGGUGGAUCUUCGGCACAGCGCUCUGCAAACUGAAUGGCGCUUUGUUCAAGAUCAAUUUCUACUGUGGCAUUUUCAUGCUCUCCUGCAUCAGUCUUGACCGCUACCUGUCCAUUGUCCACGCGGUGCAGAUGUAUUCUCGUAAAAAGCCCAUGGUGAUUCACUGUUGCUGCCUGAUGGUCUGGCUCUUCUGCCUUCUGCUCUCCAUUCCUGACUGGAUAUUCCUUGAGGCCUUUGAGGACAGCAAUCGUCAGGAUAAAAUAGAAUGUGUUCCGCUUUUCCCCUCUGAAUCUUGGCAUCUGUACUCUCGUCUACUCUACCAUAUUUUGGGUUUCGCUCUUCCAGCACUAAUGAUGCUGUUCUGUUAUUCUUGCAUCCUCCUGCGGGUGAGACGUGGCUCUCAGGGCAUGCAGAAGAAGAGGGCCAUCCGUGUCAUCGUAGCCCUCGUACUGGCCUUCUUCAUCAGCUGGACACCCUACAACAUCACCCUCAUCUUUGACACCAUACACAAUAAGCAGACCAUCAAUUCCACAACCACAUCCACAUUCUGUGACAGCAACAUCGUAUUGGAUUUAGCUCUUACAGUAACUUCCACAUUGGGCUACUUCCAUUGCUGUGUCAACCCAGUCCUUUAUGCUUUCGUGGGGGUGAAAUUUCGCAAGCACUUGCUGGACAUGCUGAGACCACUGGGUUUCACACUGAAGGGCCCUGCAGGCAUGAAGCAACAAGAUCAUCAAUUCCAGUAACCAAACAUUCUGUCACAGCACCACAGCAUUGGAUUUAGCUCUUACAAUUACUUCUGCAUUAGGCUACUUACACUGCUGUGUCACACCAGUGCUUUACGGUUUCGUGGGAGUGAAGUUCAUCUAACUGUUGGUAAAUAUAACGAUAAAUGAUUUUAAUAAUCCUUUUAAUUCUAUAAAAAUGGGGAAAUCCAUGCCACAGUGAAAAUGGAACUUUAUAAUUGGAAUCACUUUCAGAAUGACUUUUUCAGCUGAAGAAUGAUAAAAAGAUUGACAACCAAUUAGAAUCCAACCAAUUUUAAAGAUCUUGGGGGAUUAAACCAACAGAUGACAAAACUGCAGCACGCCACUUAUAAUAAACAUAGCAAUAAUGUCCAUUGGUGUGGAUGCUAAUAUUUAUCUUUAUUCUUAUCUUCAUAGUUAUCAUUCUUGGUGUGAACAGGUCUUUAGUCUCAUGACUGUGCUGAUUAGCAUGCAUGAAUAUAGAGAAGUCUUUUAUCUUACAUUCAUACAAAGUUCUGGCAUGAAACUCUAGAUGGUGCAGACUAAUAGGUCCUUUAACACAACCUGCUAAUUAUCGCAUCAUUAUCUGUAGGUCACAGAUGAUUGGUUCCUGCUGUAUUAGUAGCCAAUGAGCUUGCAUGCUUAAUCUUUAAAUACAUGAGUUAGCAUUGCUUAGUAGCGCAGCAUGCUUCAGAA